UAUAUAAUGUUGCCCCAUUGUGUUGCCCAUGGCACUACCUGAGUACGCCUCCAAAGUAUUGAUGGCGCCUCUCGGUCUUCAAUGGUUCAUAAUUUAAAAUUAUUUUAUUCUUUUUGAAAUUUUAUACUAUUAUUUCAAGUAUUUAUAUUUCAAAAUAUAUUUUCCAAGAAACCAUGACAAGUUAUACAGACAAAGGACCUAAGCCCAAUACGGGGAAAUACCUUGCAUUUGAUCAUGUUAAAUUUUGGGUUGGAAAUGCCAAACAGUCUGCAUCAUAUUACUGCACUCGCUGGGGAUUUGAGACUAUUGGUUAUAAAGGACUGGAAACUGGCUCUAGGAAGAUUGUGUCUUAUGCAUUGAAACUUGAUAAGGUGAUGUUUGUUUUAGAAUCACCACUAAAUCCAUCUGGGCACAUUUCUGAAGAAAUGGGUGCCCAUCUCUCUAAACAUGGUGAUGGUGUCAAAGAUAUUGCAUUUAAUGUAGAGGAUUGUAUCAGUGUUUUUAAGGCAGCUGUGAAUCGUGGAGCUAAGAUUAUCAAGGAACCAUGGGAAGAGUGUGAUAAAAAUGGAAAAGUCAUUUUUGCUUCCAUACAAACUUAUGGGGACGUUUGCCAUACAUUUGUUGAAAGAAAGAAUUAUAAUGGUAACUUUUUGCCAGGUUUUGUGAAACCAACAUUUAACGAUCCACUUACUGCUAUAUUACCUCCUAUAGGAAUCAAUUUCAUUGACCAUAUUGUUGGCAAUGUUCCUGAUAGAGAAAUGAUCCCUGUUACUGAAUGGUAUGUUAAGACCCUGCAAUUUCAUCGAUUUUGGUCAGUUGAUGACUCACAGAUUCACACAGGAUAUAGUGCUCUUCGCUCUAUAGUUAUGGCAAACUACGAGGAAUCAAUAAAGAUGCCAAUCAACGAGCCUGCCAAUGGGAAGAAGAAAAGUCAAAUACAAGAAUAUGUGGAUUAUUAUGGAUCUGCAGGAGUACAACACAUAGCACUUAAUACCAGUGAUAUUCUAAAACUGUAAGUUGAUCUCAAAACACGUGGAAUGGAGUUUCUUACAAUUCCAAAGUCUUAUUACGUGAUGCUAAAGGAACGACUUAAAUCUUCACAAACAAAAAUCAUGGAAGAUAUGGAAAAAAUUGAGAAACUGAAUAUUCUGAUAGAUUUUGAUGAAAAUGGCUAUCUUCUGCAGAUAUUUAGUAAACCUGUUCAAGACAGGCCCACCUUAUUUCUCGAGGUCAUACAAAGACAUAACCAUCAGGGAUUUGGUGCUGGCAAUUUUAAAAGUCUAUUUGAAGCUAUUGAGAAAGACCAAGACGAAAGAGGGAAUUUAAAUUGACCUUAAUAUACUAAAAUUUUUAUUGACGUACUCAAUUAUUUGGAGAUGAACUCUGCUACCAAAAUUAACUGAGUAAUUUACAUGUUGUGCUUGUGCAAGGAUUUUGCAAGAAAAAAUAUUAUCAAAGUAUAUUUUCGAAAAAAAACUCAGUUGGGACAAACAAGGUUGGGAUGUGAUCCACGUUUAGUUUAAAGAAACCCAAGUGCAGGUUAAUAAAGGUCAAAUAUCUUCAAUUUA